CCUGGUUUAGCUUUAGGACAAAAGAGGGAUACACUUGCUUCGCGCUCGCCACUCUCUUGACAACACAUGCAGCUUCGUUCCAUUUGCCAAAUUUUCGAUCCUGAAACCUUGAAUUACAGCUACUACAGCGUCCAGUGCAAGCAAAACUUGGUAUUGGUUUCGGAAUACAACCAGGAUAUUGAAGUACAUGAAUAACUGGAGUUACUUGACAUUCAUCAACUCCUAUAAUUGCUAGGACACUUGAUUGUAAACAGCAGAGAAGAAUAUUAGAUAUCACUAUUUUGGAACAUAAAAUGUUAUACACAUGAAGAGGAAAACUGAGCAAUUAUCAAUUAACGAUAGCAAAAUGGCAGGUGGUACAAAUUCAAAUGGUGAUUCAUCACCAAAUCGAGUAUGCAGAGAUUUUUUACGAAACGUCUGUCACCGAGGAAAACGUUGUAAAUAUCUUCAUGAACGUUCUGGAGAUAGUCCAGUUGAAGAAUAUACAUUUUGUCAUGAUUUUCAAAAUGGCAUGUGCAAUUGGCCCGGCUGUAAAUUUCUUCAUUGCACUGAAAGCGAAGAAAAACAUUUCAGAUUGACUGGAGAAUUACCUCCACACGUUCUUCGUGCAAAAAAUAAUCAAGACAAAAGUGACUUUCCAAUUUGUAAAGAUUUUAUGAAAGGCAAUUGCCAAAGAGUUAACUGCAAGUUCAGACAUUAUAAAAAAGAAGAACCACAACAUAAUAAUGUAGCCUCUCCUCACAUUAAUCCACCGCGUUCUCAACAUUCAUUCAAUGGAUCCAAUCAUGGUGAAAACAGAUUACGUGGAGCUUAUGAUGAAGAUAGAAACGUGCAUUGGCAGUACGAAGAUCAGCAUUCACUUUUACCGAAUAAUGGGUUUACACCAUCACCACAGUCUGGAGAUUACAUUGGUCCUCCAGAACCUAAAAGACGAAUAGUGUCCGGAGAAGCGGUUGUACACUUUGAAACACCUUCCAUUGUUGGACAACACAGUGCACAUCCUCUCACUCCAGGAUAUUAUUAUCCUGUGAUUGCAAGAAAUGAUACUAGAGCAAUAGUAUUAGAAGAUGAAAAUUCAUUACUCAGAAAAAAAAUAGAGGAAUUGAAAAAACAGGUUAGUGACUUAACGGCCACCAAUGAAUUUUUGUUGGACCAAAAUGCACAAUUACGAAUGUCCGGCAAACGAACAGCAAAUGUUACAGCAGUAACAGUCCCUGCAGUAACAAUAACAAAUACUGUCCCACCAUCUCAAGCUCCGACACCUCAGCAGAUGGUUAAUGCUGCUGUAGCUGCUGGAACGCUUCGAACAGUUACUGCCAGUGUAGCUACAGUACCAGUAAGUAUUGCGACAGUUGCUCCUGUCUCAAUAGCUGCUGUAUCUAUGGCACCAGUAUCUAUACCACCACCAAUUGUUACCAUGGCUCAACAAACCAUCACCAUGAGUGGUUCUGGACCACAACCAACAAACCAACAACCACCAAACUCUCAGCAACCUGCUAGUUUACCUUUAUCAAUAUCGGGAGCUACUGCUCCUUUAGUAUCUUAUCCGAUUAUGAGUCAAGAACUCAGACCAGUUUUACAAUAAACCAGAAAUAGGUAUUGAUCAUAUGAAAUUUAAACUAAAUUAACAAGUUAUGUUAUAAUAUAGUAAAUUUGUUUAUUGAGACCAGAGAGGAAAAAUCGAUGAAAACUUUUAGAAGAAUAAUCUGAAAUUUGUUAAGUUAUGGAUAAUUAUUCAUAUUUUUCAAUAAUUUAUUCAAUAAACCUUUUUCGGUUAAAUUUGUGUUUUAUAAGUUUAAUACUUAUUUCAUUAAUGAGUGUAAUCAAUUAUUUAAAGUGGAAAAAUUUACUUCUCACUUAUGAGAAACUUUAUAUAUUACUAUAGUUAAUAUUGUUAUUUAGUUAAACUAAAAUAAUUAGAUUAGAAAAAGGUUAAAAGUUUUAGGCUUUUCUAAUGAAAAAUAUUUCAUAGCGUGUUACGGAAGUAUAACAGCAUUCAAACCGAAAUUGAUAUUUAUUUGUAUUAAAUUAUAAAUUAUUAUUGAUAUUACUAAUAAUAUCAUAGUUCUAUUAUGGAUUAGUUUUUAACUAAUAUUCCAAGAAUAUAGUUAAGACAACUUGUAUAUAAAAUUAGCAAUCAGAAAAAAUACUAAAAGAAAAAAAAAACAUGUAAAUGGUUCACAUAAAACAAUUUUUGUACAUUGUAAAUAGUAUAUUAUUUGAACAAUUAAUGUAUAGCGUAUCAAAUAUUUUUCUUUAAACCAAUAAAUGUGACUAUAAUCUCAUACAAACCCAGGCGUUUGUCUCGUGGAGACCAUAUAUUUUAUAUAAACCAACUAUAUGUUCGCAGAUGUGUGAUCUUUGGAAGCUUUAAAUAUGGGAAAGGGAAGUUUGUUUCACAUUUCUAAUAUUUAAUGGUUUUAAAUAUUUUAUUAUAAUACAUGCAUCAAGUUCUAUACAUUACAAAAA